CGCACACCUACACAAUUUGUUUGUGUGGCAUUGUGUUGACUAUAUGUCUACCCAAGUGUCGUAAUACGCUUCUUUGUGAGGGGCUGGCUGGUAGAAUGCGGGCAGGUCAGUUUGCUCGCUCAACCCUUCUCAGAAGAACCACGUGAUUACCAACUACCUGGAAUCUGGAUUUUCCCGAUGCCAGUGUAGUCAGCGGACGCGCGCGACCUCAAAUCAGUGGAUUUGCUCACCACGCUGUGCAUAAUCAGCGAAAUUCCGAAAAUAAAACGCAAUAAAAAUAGCAAUAACAAGCAUGACCCAAUGAUUCUAACUGCGAGUGUAUUCACAACGAAAACUGUUAAUUAAAUGUAAACAUGUUGCCGCUCAACGCUGUCAUAUUCGUUCUAAUUCUGCAUGUUUGCUCCUUGUUAGACACAGCAACAGCCACGGAUACAAAAUUUGACUUUUUAAUCUUCACUCAACACUGGCCCAUUACUGUGUGCAUGGAAUGGGAGGAAAACAGACCGACGAAUAAUUGUACUCUACCUCCAAAAGAGAACCUCUGGACGAUUCAUGGCAUAUGGCCGACUAAAAAGGGCACUGAAGGCCCCAACUACUGCAACAAAACAGCUAAGUUUAUUCCGAAUGCCUUGGAACCUAUUUUACCUGAUUUGGAAUUAUACUGGAUGAAUAUCGAGGCGAAUACUCCGCUUUAUUCACUCUGGAAACACGAAUGGGUGAAACAUGGCACUUGUGCAGCUCAACUCCCCGUCUUCAACUCCGAGGUGAAAUAUUUCCGCAAAGGUCUCGAAUGGAUCCAAGAGUAUGGCAUGAAUAUCAUCCUCAGUAAGAGUGGAAUUGAACCAAGGCAGGAGGGAUACUUUGUUACCGACUUGUAUAAUUCGAUUAAGAAAAUUCUAAAAAAAGCAGCGUAUAUUGUUUGUGUUGUUGAUAAGAAAACGAAGAUCUCGCUGAUCAGUGAGAUACGGCUUUGUUUCGAUAAGAAUUUGACGCUGGUUGAUUGUGAGAUGGUGAUGAAUGAUGGGUUUUAUAGUGACGUUGGGGAGAAGAUAUUGACGAAUUGUGAUUCGAACAAGAUGGUUAUGUAUUACGAUGAGGUGCCUGCUUUUACAACCGAGAGUCGUAAGCGCACGAAUUACUUAGACAAAUUGUACAAUACAUAUCAACUAAUUCAGCAGCUCAUUUGGGCGACAAUCUAGUUCCAAUUCUAGUCACAAUUAUAAAUCAAUUCUCUCCUUGCAUAAUAUCUAAAUGAAUUUUAUAUAGUGGCUAAUAAUGCAGUUACACACAUUGUUAUUACAUUGCUACUUGACUUAUUAAGUAUUAAUUAUCGAUAAUUCAAUCUUCCAGUUGAAUUCGUGUAAAUAAUAUUAAUAAAUUUAAUGAGAUCUUA